ACGAGUGAGAUCCUCAACUUGAUCUAUCAUGCGCGUCGGAUGGUGAUUACAUUUACCGACUCGUCAUUUGCUACGACCCAUCCUUGGCUAAUAACCCCAAGGAGUUUUCCGCAGGCUGCCUGAUUAGUAAGAGCAUAUCUGACGUAUUAAAUGACUCUGUGGCACAAAUAUCCAAUGGUUCCGGCUCUUUAAUUGAGGGGGUCCCUUGGCCUAUAUACCGAGUCUUCCGCCGUAGUUUGUCUUUCCUAACUACCACUACUACUUCACUUCUUGAUCUAGCUUGAAAACUAUUACCACAAUGGCAGCUCAUCGUGUUCUUUUACUUGGAGGCAACGGCAAGGUAGCUCGGUUGCUAACACCGAUGCUUCUUCAGCGAUCAUGGGAGGUUGCGAGUAUCAUUAGAAGUCCAGACCAGGUUGCGGAGUUACAGCAGAUUGGAGCACAGACUAAUCAUAAGGGCAAGCUGGAUGUUCUCGUCCGCAGCAUCGAGGACGUCAAGAGCGAAGCACAGGCCAAGACUUUGAUCGAUGAAGUGAAACCUGACUAUGUCGUCUGGAGUGCCGGGGCCGCAGGGAAAGGAGCACCGGAGAGGACUGAGGCGAUCGAUCGCGAUGCUGCAUGUCAUUUCAUUCGCGCAUCCGUGGCAACCCCGUCGAUCACUAAAUUCAUAUUGAUAUCAUUUAAUAGCUGCCGCUAUGAAAAGAUGUCGUGGGUGACGGAGGAACAUUGGCAGGAGUAUCUUAAGACAACUCGCAAUCCAUUGAACAGAUACUACGAGGCCAAGAUCGUAGCGGAUAAGGUGCUGUGGGAGGAGGGGAAGAAAAGAAAGGAUUUCGCAGCAGUUUCUCUCCGCCCAGGCGUAUUGACAAUGGAGCCCGUUGGCGGCGUUGCCCUGGGGAAGUAUCCGCGAGUAGCAGGAACGACGAGUCGUCCGUCCCUUGCGUACGUUACGGCUUUGCUACUCGAUUCUCCGAAUCUCAAGACUUCAUGGUUGGAUAUACUAGAUGGCGAUGAGGAUCCGGAUGCAGCAGUGAAAAGAUGUAUUGAGCAAGGGGAGGAUUGUGCUGAAGGAGAACCUUUCUAUAAACCUUAGUUUAAGCACGGCAUACCAUCCACCAAAGGCAAUUUUUGGGGGCAGAGGGGGAAUUCCAGCCCUUAAUAUACUUCACUCGUUUGGCACCUAUCUACCUAGGCUGAGUAAUACAAAAUAUGAAACUUCAAUCUCUAA